UACAUGUCAUUAACGUGGCACGGGGUUAUUGAGACAUCCUGUAUAUUUCCAUUUCGCAGUUAAAUGCGAGGCUUCAAUGACCGCUAAUGAUGAUCUGUAUUAGGAAGCGGUUCUUCAACUCCAAUCGGCUACUUUUGCUCCCUUUCGGCCUGUGGCCUGGCGAGGAAACGAUAGUCACUCGUUUACAGGCAACAUUGCUUUGCAGUUUUCUGAUAAGCAGCAUUGUAUUUCAGCUCUCAAGACUUUUCAUUGCAGAAUGUAACUUUGACUUUAUUAUCAGAAUAUUCUCUUCCACGUCAACCUAUGUCAUGUUCGCGAGUCUGCCUAUCGUAUUUUGGAUUCACAUGAAAACUAUCACAUAUUUAUUCGACCAACUACAAUACAUCUACGACCGGCUAAAGGAUAGAAACGAAAUUGCUAUCUAUGACAAAUAUGGAUACUUUGCAAAACAUGUAACGACAAUAAUAAUAAUACUUCUUGUAUGCGGCUUAUGUGGUAUUUCUGUCAUAAUAUAUUGGCCGUUCAUUCUUGAAAUCGUUGUACCGAAAAAUGAUUCUCAGGCAAUUCAUACGAUGCAAUUUGUGACCAAGUACUUCAAUGUCUCAGAGAAGUAUUAUGUUUUAGUUUUGGUACAUUUAGCUGCAGCCGCUAGUACAGGGUUAAUUGUAUGUGUAGGGACAGGAACCAUGUUGUUUUCGUAUUUGCAGCAUAUCUGCGGUAUGUUUGAAAUCGCCAGCUAUCGUAUUGAACAAGCAAUGGCGAUCGAAUUGUUACAUAACUUUCAUAUAGAGAAUAGAAAUGUGAUAUGCAGGAAAAUGAUAUGUGCUAUAGAUAUACAACGCCAAGCUAUGGAGUUCGCUAAUCAUUUGAUAACUAGUAUGGAAGGAACACUUUUCGUUAUGACAUUAACUAAAGUGCUUUCAUUGAGUUGCAAUCUUUAUCGAAUAUUUCAAAUCGAAUCACCUAUGGAAAGGAUGGACGAGGUUUUCUUACACCUUGGAGCUGUAUUUUUCAGUCUGACAAUCCUAUUCCUAUCCACUUAUGUUGGGCAAGAAGUUAUAGAUCAUAGUAAUCACGUAUAUGUAAUUACAUACAACGUUUCAUGGUACUUAGCACCAUCACAUAUACAGAAAUUGAUACUAUUUCUAUUACAAAGGAGCCAUAAAAUUUUCACCCUGAGUAUCGGUGGAUUAUUUACAGCAUCUUUAGAAUGUUUCGCUACACUGGUUAAAGUAUCAAUAUCUUACUUCACCUUUAUGUAUUCGUUGCAAUAAUACCAAGCAGAUUGCUUGUAUGAAAGUAUAUUACAAUAGAUAAAAGCACAAAUGCACAUAUAAAAUAUGCUUGAUUCUUUCGAAAUUCUUAUAAAAUAAACAGACAAAAGUUGCAUGAGUUGAAAUACACGCACGUCAAUCGCAGAACUGACGAAAUCGACGACACAGUUGAGUAUCUCUCAUCUUAAAUACAUGGGACAUUAGUUAAAUGAAAUUUCCAUAAUAUGUUGAUAAUGUAUUUGUGCAUUUCUGAUCCGUUUAAGGAAAAACAAGUUCAUCACGGACUGAUGAAAGAAAUAAUUACUUGAAUAAAAAGAUGGAAGCACUUGAGGAUGGUGGCUGUGGCAAUAUAUUGUUAUUAGAUUAUGAAGUUACUUUGUUAACAAAGAUUUAUUGAAGGAAAUGUACAUAAUAUGAAGAACGAUAAAGGCCAGCUCAUUAGCAUAUUAAAUUGAUGGUGUGUGUGUGUGUGUAUCUUUCCAUGCAGAAACAGUGAUGUAUUUGACGAAACGGAAAAAGAAUGGAUGCAUUAAGCACAUAAUACUGGAAUAGUGCAAAAAGGUGAACUAUACUAGUGUUAUAUUAACUCUUUUGUGCUUGGCGAUAGAUAUAUGUACCCGUCUUUCAAAAAUUCAUAUCUUCCACAAAAAUGAAGAUAGCAGGUUCAUUCUAGACUCAUUUUGAAGAUUAACAUGAGAGCUAUAUGAAAAAAAUCAGUACUUAAUUUCACAAUGGUGGAUUCAAGAUGGCGGACCAAAGUGCUAAAUUUUGUUGGAUUUGAAUAAAAUUCAUUUUUCAACAACUGAUGAGAAGUAUCUAUGAAAACAACUGAUAUUUCAAAUCAGCGACCCCAAAAAUCCUUAGAAUAUGAAUUUUAUUCAAAUCUAAGAACAUUUUAUAUCUUGAUCCGCCAUAUUGGAUCCGCUAUUGUGAAUGUUACCAUUUUGACUACAGACUUAUAAUCAGCGACUUUAAAAACUUUUAGUAAGAUGUGAAUUAGAUGCAACUUAUUCCUACGAAAAAAUCAGGCACGAGAGAGUUAAAAGAUUGUCUCAUAAACGUUUUUCUGUGGCAAAUAAACUAUCUAUAAAUCUAUUCAAAAUUCAUAAUAUUCAUAAUAAAUCUAUUCAAUUCUUUUCGUCGCUAAAUCAAUUACUUAGUCUUCUUACCAUUUUUCGUAUAAAGAUACUAAAUUACGAGUUUCUGUUUAUGUAAAAAUAUCAUUCACGGGAAAUUAAGCAAGUUCGCCAAAUUUUAAUGUAAUUUUGAAAGAUUAUUGAUCUUUUAAUAUGUGCUGUAUGCUGCUCGAGGCUCAACCUUUUUCGAGUAAAUCUCUCUAAGUGUAUCAUUCUUUGCUUUUGAUGAUAUUAUGCAUCCUAAAGUAUUUAUCAACUGUAGUUUGAAGAUAAAUACGCAAUCCUGUUCUAGGUUUUAAACCGUGUUUUUGUACAUAUAAUACAUGUUUAAUGGUUCUAAUCUAACACCGGUUCACUGCAGAAACUAAUUUUAUUUUUGUUAGAAAGAGGCAGUUUACCAUAUUUUGGUAUUCUCUUUCCCUUUUAUUGUUAUGUCAAGAAUAAAGUUCUAAAAAAUA